AUGCUUGCAAGUUUAGCCAAAGUAACUCCAGCGUUCAACGAUGAAACGUGUGGAGCCGCCAUGGAGCCCAUCAGCUCCCAACCCACACAACCAAUCGUCAGUUCAGGGGGUCGUUCAGAGUUUGCACCGGAAGCUUUCACAUGUUUACCUCAAUGGAUGAAUCGACCGGAUACCUACAAAUCAGGAUUAGAGUAUCUAGCCAAACUUGAUCGAGUUCAAAUUCAAACUAUUACCGAAAAAAAUCUUGAUCAAGGAAUGGAUGGUUCUGAACGAGUCAUUAGAUAUAAAUUACUCAAUCCAAAAGGAGAACAAGUUUACAAAUGUAAAAAAGAAUUUACGGGAGAAAGCCUUAAAUCUGAUUUCUCCUUAUUUAUGGUGGAUUUUGAUGGAAAAGAAGUGUUCCAUGUGGACUGGGAAUACAAAUGUUAUCGAGGUUUCUUCUGUUGCUGUGGAUGUAUGUGUCAUGGGCGGGAACUGGCUAUCCAGAUUCCACCAGGUACUCCAGCAGCUCAUGUUGGCAGGAUACCGGGAUGCUGCGGUAGCCCAUACAAUGUUGUAGACAGUUAUGGUAAACAGAUAUUCCAGGUGACGUCACAGUGGUGUAUAUUUAUGGGCUGUGUUUGUUUACCAUGCUCGGUUUGUCAGCCUUCUGCAUUUUACGGUCAUACAGUCACCAAUACAAAAGGAGUUCCUGUAGCGUAUAUAGCUAUGUUAGAUGGUCCGCCAACGGGUCCAGUGGGCCAAGAAACAUAUAUGGCUAACCUAGGAUUUGAUGUGUCUUUUUAUGAGAAGAUAAGUAUAAGAGAAAAGGCUUUAGUCAUUGCAGUUGGAUUUUUGAUUAGCAACGAUCGAGUGAGUUUUGUGUCCAACGUUUAUCUGGAUUGA